GUGCAGUCCACCACAUUUUCCUCCUGCUUGCGCCUUCUUUGUGGGUGCCGAGAGUUCGUACUUUGGUGAGGGCUGUGGGAAGUAGACCUCUGCACGGCUUGCGGACCAGCAUAGAGCUUAUCCUUUACAGUUGUCCAUACUCUUCCAAGAGCAGCAGAAAAUGAACCUGUCUCAGGCAUCAGUGUCAUUCAAGGAUGUGAAUGUGGAAUUCACCCAGGACGAGUGGCAACAAAUGGGGCCUGCCCAGAGGAAUCUCUACAGAGAUGUGAUGCUGGAGAACUACAGCAACCUAGUCUCAGUGGGAUAUUGCAUUUCUAAACCCAAAGUGAUCUUCAGGUUGGAGCAAGGAGAAGCACCUUGGUCCUCAGAAGAGGAAUUCUCAAACCAGACUCACCCAAUUUUAGAAGAUUACAGAGAUGAUGAUCUGAUGAAGAGGAAUAAGAAAAUCAAAGACAAAUACCUACAGCAAGGAAUAUUUGCCAAAAAUAAAAUACUGAGUAGAGCAGAAGUAUGUAAUGACACAAUAGCAACCGGGGAUAAAUCUUUAGAAUAUCAUGGUAAGAAAUCCUACCAAACAUCAGCCCACAAAGUACACCAGAGAAGUCACUCAGAGGUAAUAGCUGAUAAAUGUAAAGAAGUUGGGAAAUCUGUGUGUAAGAAAGGACCUCUCAUUCAACAUCAGAAAACUCAUACAGGAGAGAAACUAUUUGGAUGUAAUGAAUGUGGAAAAACUUUUCGCCACAAGUCAAGACUCACACUACAUCAGAGAAUUCAUAGUGGGGAGAAACCUUACCAGUGUAAUGAAUGUGAAAAGUCUUUUUCUCAAAAGUACCAACUAAAUGAACAUCAGCGAACUCACACAGGAGAGAAAACAUGUAAAUGUAAUGAGUGUGGGAAAUCAUUCUCUCAGAAAGGAUAUCUUGUUCUACAUAAGCGAACUCACACAGGAGAGAAACCAUUUGAGUGUAAUGAAUGUGGAAAAACUUUCUCCGCGAAGGUAUCCCUCAAUGUGCACGAGAGAAUCCACAGAGGAGAAAAACCCUAUAAAUGUAAUGAAUGUGGGAAAACGUUUGUCCAUGGAUCAGCUCUCAAGGUACAUCAGAGAAGUCACACAGGAGAGAAAACAUGUAAAUGUAAUGAGUGUGGGAAAUCCUUCUCUCAGAAAGGGUAUCUUGUUCUACAUGAGCGAACUCACACAGGAGAGAAACCAUUUGAGUGUAAUGAAUGUGGAAAAGCUUUCUCCUUGAAGUUACACCUCAGUGUGCAUGAGAGAAUCCACAGAGCAGAGAAACCCUAUAAAUGUAAUGAAUGUGGGAAAACGUUUGUCCAGAGAUCAGCUCUCAAGGUACAUCAGAGAAUUCACACAGGAGAGAAACCAUAUGAAUGUAGUGAAUGUGGACGAUUAUUUGCCCAGACGUCAGCUCUCAGGGGACACCAGAGAAUUCACAGCGGAGAGAAACCCUAUGAAUGUAGUGAAUGUGGAAAAACUUUUCGCUUGUCAGGAGCACUUAAAGAGCACCGUAAAGUUCACACAGGGGAGAAGGCCUUUCAGUGUAAUGAAUGUGGAAAAGUUUUUGGCUACAAGUCAAAUCUCACAGUACAUCAGAGAAUUCAUAGUGGAGUGAAAUCUUACCAAUGUAAUGAAUGCAAAAAAUCCUUUUCUCGAAAAGACCAGCUGAUUCUACAUAAGAGAAGCCACACCCAAGAGAAACCAUUUAAAUGUAAUGAAUGUGGGAAAUCUUUUGCCCAAACAUCAGCCCUCAGAGUGCAUCAGAGAAGUCACACUGGGGAGAAACCAUAUAAAUGUAAUGAAUGUGGGAAAAAAUUUAUCGCUAAGGGAAACCUUAUGUGUCAUCUGAACAUUCAUACUGGAGAGAAACCCUUUCAGUGCAAAGAGUGUGGGAAAAGUUUUGCCCACAAAUCAAACCUUGCAUCACAUCAGAAAACUAGCCACACAGAAAGGAAACGAUUUAAAUGUAAUGAAUGUGGGAAAUCUUUUACCCGAACAUCAACCCUCAAAGUGCAUCAGAGAAGUCACACUGGGGAGAAACCACAUAAAUGUAAUGAAUGUGGGAAAAAUUUUUUCACUAAGGCACGGUUUAGGGAUCAUCAGAGAAUUCAUACUAGAGAGAAACCCUUUCAGUGCAAUAAGUGUGGGAAAUGUUUUGCCCAGAAAUCAACCCUUGCAUCACAUCAGGAAAAUCACAGUGUGAAGAAAACUUACCAGUGUGAUGAUUGCAAAAAAAUUUUCUCUCGAAAAGACUAUCUCAUUCUACAUCAGAAAACCCACAUGCAAAAGAACCUGUUUAAAUGUAAUGAAUGUGGGAGACAAUUUCCCCGGAAGUCAACCCUUAUUGAUCAUCAGAGAAUUCACCCUGGGGUGAAACCAUUUAAAUGUAAUUAAUGUGGGAGAAAAUUUAACUGGAAGUCUACCCUUAGUAAUCAUCAGAAAAUUCAUACAGGGUAGAAACCCUUUCAGUGCAAUACGCAUGGGAAAACUUUUGCCCAGAAGUUUAGGUUUAGAGUACAUCAGGAAAUUCACAGCGUUGUCAAAUCUUAUGAAUAAAACGAAUAUGGGAAAUUAUAUAAGUCAGCCCUAGAUGCAUAUGGGGGAGUUCAGGGAAUGGAAAUACCGUAUUGAUGUAAUGACUGGAAAAUCCUCUUAUGCAAAGAGCACCUCAUGUGAUAUCAGAGAUACUCAUAAGAACAACCGUUUGGAGGUAGUAUAAGAAGACAGUCCCAGAAAUGAACACUCAGCAGUACAUUAGAGAAUUCACAUAGGCAAGAAACCUUAUGAAUAUGAAUAUAGGAAGGAUUUUGUACAAAAGGUAACUCACAGAGUAUGUCAGAGAGGAUACCCACAAAAAGUAAGGUCUAAGAGAACAGAGGUCUUCUGAAGGAGACCCCAAGGAUACACCUGUAAGUUCCUCCCUGUGAUGACUCAGCUCCUCAGAAUUUGUAAAAACUUAACUUCCUUGGACCUGGAGCCUGAAGCUUGCUUCCUCUUCUGUGAAAGCCUGCAAUUCUGUAAAAGGCAGAACCUGCUCCUCCAGCUUGAUUCAACCUGGCCAAUGAAAAAGGAUAAAAAGGCGAAGACUGAGGCAGUUGGGGAGCAUGGCCAUUUUGAAUUCUUCUAUGCCUUGCUCUCCUGAAAUAAAUUUGUAAAAUGCAAUAAUUUGGUUGUUUAGAUUGUUUGGGAUACCUAGUCUUUGUCAAGGAAUAAGAUUCUUGCCUUUUAAACCUUUUAAUUAUCAGUUUAGCCAAGUGAAUAAUUUACUUUAUAGUAAACUGCGAUCCUGUUUUGUGAAAAGUGGUUUUUUGAGAGUAUGAAAAAUUAGAAAGGAAAGGAAAAUGGCAUUAUGUAUGAAAGGAUUUCGUGUGGUAAAUUUUGUGCUGAAACAGAACAGUUAUUUAAGAAAAUGAGACCAAGGCAAACCAGACAAUUUAGAAUGUUUGUUAAUUGUGCAGGAUUGAAUAAGGUUCAUAAAAGGAAAUUUGUGAAGGAAUUUGCAUGGGAUCCAGUUGAUUACGUAUUGAUUGCCUUUAGAAUCUUUUUGCUUGUAAUCUUAUUUGAACAAAUGUUUUAAGCCUUUGAUAUUUGAGAAAACUUCCAAAAUACUCUAAAUUGAGUCUUUUUGAAAUAUUAAGACCACUGAAAGUCUGAGAAAGACAUAUUAGGCUUAUUUGAUAUGUUAAAAAUGUAUAGGAAAUAUUAUCGAAUAUGAAAUGGUGAUUAAUUUUCUGUGGAUUAUGUUUAUAUGUAUGUUCCAAUGAUAUAAAAUAUUGGUCUGUCUUAGUGUAUGUUGUCUGCAAUAAUUUUU